AUGAGGGAAAUAGUGCACCUUCAAGCUGGCCAGUGCGGAAACCAGAUUGGAGCUAAAUUCUGGGAGAUCAUAUCUGAGGAACACGGCAUCGACCCCACCGGUGUAUACCGCGGUACCAGCGAUUUGCAACUAGAACGCAUCUCUGUAUACUACAAUGAGGCCUCUGUUGCGACGAAGGAGAGCGGGGGCAAGUACGUCCCCCGCGCCAUCCUCCUCGACCUCGAGCCCGGCACAAUGGACGCCGUCCGGUCCGGCGGGUACGGCCAGUUGUUCCGCCCGGACAACUUCGUCUUCGGCCAGUCCGGCGCCGGCAACAACUGGGCUAAAGGACACUACACAGAGGGCGCAGAAUUAGUAGACGCCGUUCUUGACGUCGUUCGUAAAGAGUGCGAGAAUUGUGACUGUCUCCAGGGCUUCCAGUUGACGCACUCUCUCGGUGGCGGCACCGGCUCCGGCAUGGGCACCCUCCUCAUAUCCAAAAUCAGAGAAGAAUACCCCGACAGAAUAAUGAACACAUACUCAGUCGUACCGUCCCCAAAAGUAUCAGACACAGUAGUCGAACCUUACAACGCCGUCCUCUCUAUCCAUCAACUCGUAGAAAACACAGAUGAAACCUACUGCAUAGACAACGAAGCUCUCUACGACAUAUGCUACAGAACCCUCAAAGUCCCCAACCCGACAUAUGGAGACCUCAACCAUCUGGUGUCGCUCACCAUGUCCGGCGUUACCACUUGCCUCAGGUUCCCCGGUCAGCUAAAUGCGGAUCUCCGCAAGCUCGCAGUGAACAUGGUACCAUUUCCCGCGUCUUCAUUUCUUUAUGCCUGGAUUUGCGCCCCUCACAUCUCGCGGCAGCCAACAGUACAGAGCGCUCACCGUCCCAGAGCUGACACAACAGAUGUUCGACGCCAAGAACAUGAUGGCGGCCUGCGACCCGCGCCACGGCCGCUACCUCACCGUCGCCGCCAUCUUCCGAGGCCGCAUGUCCAUGAAGGAAGUCGACGAACAGAUGCUGUCCAUUCAAAACAAGAACAGCAGUUUCUUCGUAGAAUGGAUUCCUAAUAAUGUGAAAACAGCAGUUUGCGACAUACCUCCCAAAGGACUGAAGAUGUCUUCGACUUUCAUCGGUAACACGACGGCUAUUCAAGAGUUGUUCAAGAGAAUUUCAGAACAGUUCACCGCUAUGUUCAGGCGUAAGGCUUUCUUGCAUUGGUAUACCGGCGAAGGUAUGGACGAGAUGGAAUUCAACGAGGCAGAGAGCAAUGUGAACGAUCUGGUGUCAGAAUACCAGCAGUAUCAAGAGGCGACCGCGGAGGACGACACAGAGUUCGACCAGGAGGAUAUGGAGGAAUUGGCACAAGACGAACAGCACGAUUAA